UAAUUGCCCAUAGUAUUUAAGGUUUUAAGAAUAUCCUGGCAUAGAAAAUAUGGCAUUAUCCGUGGUAACAUUUAAUAUUGGUGGUGGAGAUGGUACAAGGGACGAUAAAAAGAGAAUGAUUAACACAUUUUUAAGCGAUCAUCUGCCUUCUGUCAUUUAUUUGCAAGAAAAUCCAUGGCGUUUUGACAACUUAAAGGACCACUUUCCAAAGAUUGAGGAAAGAUAUGAAGCUGUUUCCCAUAAGCAUCUUGAUGCCACUGUUCUUUAUCGUAGGGAUGUAAUAGAAGACGAAGGGUCUGAAGAAUUAAUGGAGUCAUUCCGAGAUGAGUUCAACGGCAAUUCUCAUGUGGAUUUGGUGACAUUUAAAGAGCGAGCAAGCUUCUCUGUGCUUACAGAAAUCAGAACAGGAGCGAGCUUCGUGGCGAUAUCUUGGCACGGAGAACACACCGGCCUUUCAGAACAGGAAAAAAGGGAAACAUUUGAGGACCUUUUACUAGUAAUAAAUAAAAUAAACUCCGAAACCAAUCUGCCAGUGGUUCUUGGUGGAGAUUUUAACAUCACUCUUUACAGCGUAUCGGAUUCUAUUGAAGAACAAAAACUUGAAGUCUAUGAAUACCGCCCUCAAAACCGAAAUACUGUCAUCGACUUCUUUGUGGCAACGCGUGUGAUGUAGAAGUCUCAGAUGUAAGAGCUUUUGGUAACUAUAUGUACAAAGAUGUCACAGUUUGUAAAGGAAGGCUUAUCAGCCCCGCCCACGAACACUUUAUUUUUGUAUCUAUUAUUAGUUACGUCAUAUCCUUAACGUUUCACUUAGUUACAACACGUCUCAAUUCCACUUAGCGUUAGUAUUAGUGUAUGAAGUCGACGAGAACACAUCUAUUCGUGAUCAAA